GAGCCUGUUUGAGCAUGAUAUUGCUGUUUCCUUCAGUCAGUGUGGGCGUCUCCUUGUCUAAUUACACGGACUGAUCUCUCCGUGGGCAGUGGAGCUACGUGAAUCCCUGCUUCCUAUUUUAGCAUCUCUCCUCCCUUGGGAAUACCGUAUAGAUUUAAGACGCUGCAAGUGUGCUUGACGUAGUUUUGACGUGUAAAUACUCAUUUCCAUUGACUGUGGAGAAAGGUUCUUGUUGGUUGUUUUUUUUUUCCAGCCACAGACUCCACACGAGAAACCUGCUCCUGACAUCUGCUCACUAGGCAACAAGGCGAAAGCGAAGGGUUUUAUAUUUAAUACAGGUUUAAAGAGCAGUAAUAUCCUUGGUGAAUAUUGCACAGAUACGUGUUGAAAUGGAAGGAGGAUGCUGGCCUUACAAGUGCAUUGCUGUGGUGUCUAUCUUCUCGUCAUGCUGCUUACUAUUCGUGUCUGGCGUAGAGAGACGAUAUGUGAAUGAAUGGGCGGCAGAGAUCCCGGGUGGUCCAGAAGAAGCAGAGUUGCUAGCAAAAGAACUGGGCUAUGAAUUACUUGGUCCGAUUGGAUCUCUUGAACAUCAUUAUUUAUUCAGACUCUCAUCACAUCCAAGGAGAAUGCGGAGGAGCAUCCCACACAUAACAAAGCGGCUUACGGAUGAUGACCGGGUAUCAUGGGCAGAACAACAAUACAUUAAAGAGAGGAAUAAGCGCUCUGUUCUCAAACCAAACACGGAGGAUCUUUUCGAUGAUCCUAUGUGGAAUCAGCAGUGGUAUUUGCAAGACACAAGAGUGAACCCUUCAAUGCCAAAGCUGGACCUCCAUGUCAUUCCAGUAUGGCGGAAAGGAAUAACAGGAAAAGGAGUCGUUAUCACUGUGUUGGAUGAUGGAUUGGAAUGGAAUCAUACAGACAUCUAUGCAAAUUACGAUCCAGAAGCAAGUUAUGACUUUAAUGAUAAUGAUAAAGACCCUUUUCCACGAUAUGACAUCACAAAUGAGAACAAACACGGCACCAGAUGUGCAGGAGAAGUUGCAAUGGUUGCAAACAACAAAAAAUGUGGAGUUGGAGUAGCAUAUAAUUCUAAAAUAGGAGGGAUUCGGAUGCUAGAUGGUCUUGUGACUGAUGCCAUUGAAGCAAGUUCUAUUGGGUAUAAUCCUCAGCAUGUGGACAUUUACAGUGCCAGCUGGGGGCCUAAUGAUGAUGGGAAAACUGUUGAAGGCCCUGGGAGACUGGCCCAAAAGGCCUUUGAGUAUGGUAUUAAACAGGGACGAAAUGGAAAAGGUUCCAUCUACGUCUGGGCUUCUGGUAAUGGUGGCCGUCAAGGGGAUAACUGUGAUUGUGAUGGAUACACAGACAGCAUCUACACCAUUUCGAUCAGCAGUGCCUCCCAACAAGGGCGGUCACCCUGGUAUGCAGAGAAGUGCUCCUCCACAUUAGCAGCAUCCUAUAGUAGUGGGGACUACAAAGAUCAGAGAAUUAUAAGUGCAGAUCUACAUAACGAUUGCACUGAAACUCACACAGGCACCUCUGCAUCUGCUCCAUUGGCUGCUGGAAUCUUUGCAUUGGCUUUGGAACAAAAUCCUAAUCUAACAUGGAGAGAUAUGCAGCAUCUUGUGGUCUGGACAAGCGAGUAUGAUCCAUUAAGCAAUAACCCUGGCUGGAAAAAGAAUGGAGCAGGUCUCAUGGUGAACAGUAGAUUUGGAUUUGGUUUGCUCAACGCUAAGGCACUUGUCGAUUUAGCUGAUCCUAAAACAUGGAAAGGAGUUCCUGAGAAAAAAGAGUGUAUUGUAAAAGACAGUGACUUUGCACCAAGAAUUAUAAGAUCAGAAGAUGGGAUUACAAUUGAAAUUCCCACAAAAGCUUGUAAAGGUCAAGAUAAUUAUGUUAAGUCUCUAGAGCACUUACAGCUGGAGGCCACUAUUGAGUAUACCCGCCGGGGAGAUCUUCACAUCACGCUAACGUCACCAUCAGGAACAAAAUCUGUUCUUUUGACUGAACGAGAGAGAGAUACAUCUUCUAAUGGGUUCAAAAACUGGGCCUUUAUGUCUGUCCACACCUGGGGGGAAGACCCAGCAGGAACAUGGACUGUUAAAAUCACCGAUGUGUCUGGAAGAAAGCAAAAUGAAGGAAGAAUUGUUAGUUGGAAGCUGGUGCUGCAUGGAACAUCCACUCAGCCAGAUCACAUGACUAAACCCAGAGUCUAUACUUCCUAUAAUGUUGUCCAGAAUGAUCGGAGAGGAGCUGUGGAAAAGGAACCCAGUAUUGAAAACAUAGCCACAGCAAAACCAACAGCUUCCCCCAAAAGUGAUGAACUGGAAGAAAAGGUGAAAUCGGAAGCAAUCCUCCGUCUUCUGAAGAACGCCUUUGAUAGAGAGGAAGCGUCAUACGCACAGGGACAGACUGAUAUUCCUAUGCGCCAUUAUUAUUAUGCUCUGGAUAAAAUAAGCCAGCAGCCAAAUGUUAAAGACAGAGAGAACAGCUUAUAUAAUGACUAUAUUGAUCGAUUCUAUAGAAACAGGUCUUACAAGCAUAGAGAUGAUCUUCUAUUGCAAGCUCUCCUGAAUAUUGUAGACAAAGAGUCAUAGAAUUGACUUUGCUUUUUAAUGUUGGAAUCGUGCCAUUAUCCAUUCUGUUUUAAUCUUCACAAUCCCAAAUUUUCAUGAAGUUCAAAAAAAUGAUCACUGUAAACAUAACUGUAUGUACUGCAGGAAGAAUUCAAUUGACAGAUAAAGCAUAAAACCCUGAUAUAGUCAGUAAUAAAACCCUUGAUCAUCUAAUUACAGUGUUUCCCAACCAGUGUGCCUCCAGCUAUUGCCAAAGGCUGUCCAGGCAUGCUAGGAGUUGUAAUUUUGCAACAGCUGGAGGCACCCUGGUUGAGAAACAUGAUCUAAUUACCAAGUUCUGUAGAUCUUCAGUGCAGGUAAAAAAUAUGACAAGUGGUCCAUAGGACCCCCCCC